AUGCUCGCCGGCUACCUCGUCGUUCUACUCGCCCAGUCCACUAUGAUCUCUGCGCAAGGGCCUCUAGGAAGCUUCAAUAUCGAGCCCUCCUCGAUCUCUGUCUCAGGAUUUUCUUCUGGUGGUUUCAUGGCAGCCCAGCUCGGCAUUGCCUACUCAUCACUCUUUCAAUCCGGCUUUGGCGUCUUCGCCGGCGGCCCCUACGACUGUGCUCGCGACCAAGACAACUUUCAGAACUGUAUGUUCAACGCCACACCAAUGAUAACACAGCCCAUCGCCAACGUGAAAUCCUUCGGUGCAGAUGGCAGCAUUGAUCCUCUGACCAAUCUCCUCGACCGUCGCGUCUACCUUCAAGCAGGCGCACUCGACGAUGUUAUUGGACUAAGCAUCACCAAUCUCCUCCAUCUACAGCUCUUGCAGUUCACCAAAGCAGAGAAUGUCGUGUUCGUGACGCUCGCUGAUGCAGGACACGCCAUGCCGACCGAUCAGGAUUCGAAAGUCGAAGGCUUCAGCCCAUGUAACGAGAGCAUCAGCCCAUAUAUCUCGAAUUGUGGCUAUGAUGGAGCGGGUGCUGUUCUCAAGUGGCUCUAUGGCAACCUCAACGAGCGUAACGAUCUAAUCGAGGGCUCAGGCUCGCUCACGCCCUUCUUGCAGACCGGCCCUCUCGGAGCUCCAGGCCUUGCAGACACAGGAUACAUCUACAUUCCUGAGACAUGCCAGCGGCGGCACCAGCAGCAGCAUCACGCUGCACCGCACACUGACGAUGGACACUUUCCGCGCCCGAGGUCACGAUCCCCACCACCACCACGACCCUGCAAGCUCCACCUCGCCCUCCACGGCUGCACCAUGAACGUCCAAACGAUCGGCGACCUCUUCAUCGCCCACGCCGGCUACAACGCCUGGGCCGACACGAAUGACAUGAUCGUCCUCUACCCGCAGACCACGACCGACAACGAGACCUACGACACAUGGUCAGGACAUAUAGCCAACGAAAACGCCUGCUUCGACUGGAUCGGGCAGUACGGCGAUUCGGACCGAAGGCUCGACAGCGGAGGUGGAGAGCACAUGCGCGCUAUCGUGGCGAUGGUAAGACGAGUCGCUGGUCUUGAUGAGGAGGCGCAGAGUGGGAAGGGGAAGGACGAUGAGGAGAGGCUCAGGGCGUGGGGCAGGAGUUGGGACGAACUGGAGACGAGGCAGCCAACGCCGCAGCCUCAGCCACGGAUGCCAGUGUCUUACAAGUGGUGGCACAUGAUUGUGCCCUAA